AUGGUGCAGAUAGCGAGAGCGGUGUUAACAAGUGGCCAUUCGCUACCGAAGACCUUGGCCUUUCCACCAGACCAUCCUCCGCCUCCUUGUCCUGAACAGGUUUCGGGUUUAACAUAUUCCAAUGUUCAUUAUCAUCCGAAUGGUCCAUUGUCAACCAGAUUUCCUGGAUCCCUUCCAGUCAAUUCCUCGACUUGGACAACACUUUGCAAAGAAACAGCGAAAUAUCUCCAGAUCGAUAAUGAGGCUGAAUUUAAAACACCCAAUCCUCUGGUAUACGAGAAGACUGCUGGAAUGAGAGCACAAUGCCAUCGGCCACUUCCUACUCUGGCCGACUACAAAGACACAGUUAGCUACCUGGGCAUCAACUCCCGCAGCAACCUGUUCUGCGGCCCAUUCACCGCUCAUCCUCCGACUUAG